AUAUUUCAGCUUUGGAAAGGCGGGGCACUCACCCGGAAGUGGUAUUAAUAGCUUGUGGCGAAAAGUACAAAUCUGUUCUUGUCCUGUUCCUGUUGGAUUUUAACCGCUGGGUUUCAGUGUGGGAGCUGUGGUUAUAUUUAUGAAGGAUUUCUACUGUAAGCGUUGACAGGGAUCUGAGGCUUUGGAGACAUGGUGGGCUAUGACCCUGGUUCUCAGGGUGCCGCUCUCUCCUCGGAGGAGGCAGCCGUCGCUGGAUCGGCUGCUGGGAUGGUCACCAGGGCCCUCGUCAGUCCCUUUGACGUCCUGAAAAUCAGAUUUCAGCUGCAGAUCGAGCGUCUGUCUUCACGAAGGCCGGAGGGGAAGUAUUGGGGAUUAUUUCAGGCAUCUCGCUGCAUUCGUUCAGAGGAGGGACUGUCUGCUUUCUGGAAGGGCCACAUCCCAGCACAGCUCCUCUCCAUCUGCUACGGGGCUGUCCAGUUUGCCAGUUUUGAGUUUCUGACAGAGAUGGUCCAUAAGUCAACGCCGUACGACAGCCAGACGUCAGGAGUUCACUUUGUCUGCGGCGGUUUGGCUGCCUGCUCUGCUACGGUGUUCUGCCAGCCUCUGGACACGCUGCGGACACGUUUUGCAGCUCAAGGAGAACCGAAGGUGUACAGGAACUUGCGUCAUGCUGUUUCCACCAUGUGGCGCUCAGAGGGAACGCUGACGUUUUACCGCGGCCUCUCACCAAUGCUGGUGGCCGUGUUUCCGUACGCCGGGCUGCAGUUCUUCUUCUACAACGUCUUUAAAAAGCUGCUGGCUCCUCCACCCAAAGCUGGAAACUCAGGAGGGAACCUGAGAAGCCUGAUCUGUGGCAGUGGAGCCGGAAUGAUCAGUAAAACUCUGACGUACCCCUUCGACCUGUUCAAGAAGAGGCUGCAGGUGGGAGGCUUUGAGGCGGCCAGAGCUCACUUCGGACAGGUGCGCAGUUACAGUGGUCUGAUGGACUGCAUGCUUCAGAUAGCCAAAGAGGAGGGAGUCCGGGGCUUCUUCAAAGGCCUCUCGCCGAGCCUUCUGAAAGCAGCUCUGUCUACAGGCUUCACCUUUUUUUGGUAUGAAUUUUUUCUCAAUGUCAUGCGUGACGUCAAGGAGCGACAGAGAACAAACGGCCUCGCCAAAGACCUGGAGGAGAGAUAAUGAAGAGAAAGACGGGAACACUUGCUCCUUGUUAUUCACUUGCACUGAACAAAUUUCUCCUGUGGGUCGAUGGUGGCAGUUUCUGUGUUUACAUGUACGCACAAAAAACAUAUCCUCAUUUACUUUGUGUCUGUUCUGUCGCUGCAUCUUGUGUUUUCCAACGUAGAAUAGAUUUAAAUGUAUUUAAUCUGUGUUUUUAAGGGUUUGUGGACAUUUGCGUUUAAAGGAAAUAUCUGAAUAACAUUUUAUGUUCAAAGUCAGCUUUGCACAUUUUAAACACUGACUUUGGUCAGUGGAGGCUUUGACAUUGUUAAGUUACAUUUCCUUGACGUUUCAGGAAUAAAUUGGCAGAAAAGAACUCAGAAAAUGUUAGCUUUGGAGUUUUGUGGUGGUGUUGUGCAUUAAUAUUGUUCACAGAUUAAAAAAAAGAGACAAAAUAAUUCAUAUUUAUUUUAAUGUACAGUGCCAUGAAAAAGAAUCUGCCCCCUUGUUGAAUCCUUCCAUCCAUUUUCUAUACACCGCUUUAUCCUCACUAGGGUCAUGGGGGGUGCUGGAGUCUAUCCCAGCUGACUCAGGUGAAGGCAGGGGACACCCUGGACAGGUCACCAGUCUGUCACAGGGCUACAUAUACAGACACACAAUCACACUCACAUUCACACCUACGGACAAUUUAGAGUUAUCAAUUAACCUCAGCAUGUUUUUGGACUGUGGGAGGAAGCCGGAGUACCCGGAGAAAACCCACGCAUGCACAGGGAGAACAUGCAAACUCCAUGCAGAAAGAUCCCAGGCCCAGGCCGGGAUUUGAACCGGGGAUCUUCUUGCUGCAAGGCGAAAGUGCUAACCAGUACUUCACUGUGCAGCCCAUGUUGAAUCCUUAUUUUUUUUAAAAGAUUUCCCCCACUUAAAUGUUUACAUCAGCCCGUCAAACAUAUUUAAUGUUAGACAAGAAUAACCAAAGUAAAAACAAAAUGCAGUUUUUAAACGAUGAUUUAAUGAUUUAUGAGAAUGAACCUAUCCAAACCUACCCGGCCCUGUGUGAAAAAGUAAUUGCCUUCCUUGUUAAAUCGUGAAUUAACUGUGGUUAAUCCCAUUUUUUGGUUCAAUUCCACCAACCACAUCCAAACCUGAUUACCUCCAGACCUGUUCAAUGAAGAAUCACUUAAAUAGAACCUGUCUAAAUAAAAUCAGCCGAAAGACCUCAAAAUGCUGCAGGACAACGAUCAAAAACACACCAGCAAGUCGACUUUUGAAUGGCUUAAGAAAAACCAAAUGAAGGUUCUGAAGUGACCGAGUGAAAGUCUGAACUUAAGUCCGAUUGAAAUGCUGGCAGGACCUGAAAACCCUCCAGUGUUGCUGAAUUAAAAUAAUUCUGCAAAGAGAUGUGAAAGACUCAUCGCCAGUUCUGAAACACACUUGAUUUCAGUUGUUGCUGCUGAGGGUGGCCCAACCAGUGAUUAGGUUUAGGGGGCAGUGACUUUUUCACACAGGGACAGGUAGCUUUGAAUAGUUUUUUUUUCUCUUGAGAAAUAUCGUAAUUUAAAAACUGCAUUUUAUAUUUACUUGGAUUAUCUUUGUCUGAUAUUUACAUUUGUUUGAUGGUCUUAAACAUUAAAGUGGGACUAAAUACAAAAAAAAUAGGAAUUUGAGAAGGGGCAAAUACUUUUUCACUGAACCAUUUAUCAUGCUGGACAGAGCAGCAUUCUGAGGAUAGAUACGCUAAGCUAACCUCGUUGAAGUGAUUGUGGUUGUGUCGACAUGUGAGUCAAACGCUUUAACUUUCAGGUCAUUAUUUUUGAAAUAAAGGUUUUUAUAAACACUAA